AUGCCGGGUGCCCGCAGGAUGCCCCCGGCUCCGGGCUGCUGCCCCGCCUGGCUGCUGCUGGCCUGGCUGCUCCUGGCCCUGGGCUGGGCGGCCCCCUGCCCCGGGGCGUGCAGGUGUUACGGGGCCACCUCGCUCCAGUGCCUGGAGCCCAGCCGCGUCCGCGGGCUGGGCGAGCUGGUGGGGACGGAGAACUUCACCGAAGUGGUUAUCGAGAACCAGAAGGACAUGACGAGCUUGACUCAGGCUGACACCAAGUCCCUGCGGGAGCUGAAGAACCUCACCAUCGCUGCCUCCGGGCUGCGGUACAUCGCCACAGACGCUUUCCGCGCCAACCCCAAGCUGACCCAUUUGAACCUCUCCUCCAACUACCUGCAGUCGCUCUCCUGGCGGACGUUCCACCCCCUGGCCCUGCAGGAACUGGUCCUCGUGGGGAACCCCUUCCUGUGCUCGUGUGGGAUCCGCUGGCUGCAGCUGUGGCAGGGGAGCAGCCGGGCCGACUUGGGGAACCAGUCCCUGAGCUGCUGGCUGGAGAGAGAGGAAAUCCCCCUGGAGGACCUACACAUCAAGGGCUGCGACCCGCCAGAGAUCUGGAUUGAGUACCAGGGCGUGCCAGUGCAGCAGGGCGAGAGCGUGAACCUAACAUGCCACUUCACGGGCGAGCCGCAGGCACACGGGCGCUGGAUCGUCCCCGAUGUGGGACCCGAGCCCCCCGUCAUCACCAAGAAGUCUGACUCAGAAAUCACCCUGCAGAUCUUCAACGUCUCCUCCGGCUUUAACCGAAAAGACAUCACCUGCUGGGCUGAGAACGAGGCAGGCCCCAGCGAGGAAGCUGUGCAGCUGAAUGUCACUUUCCCCGCCGUGAUCCUGGACCUGCAGGAAGCCAUUCCCCAGCACUACUGGUGCAUCCCUUUCUCGGUGGACGGCAACCCGCCCCCAGCCCUCCGGUGGCUGUUCAACGGCUCCGCCCUGGUGGAAGGGCAGUACAUCCACACCAAGAUUGUGGAGUACGAGCACAACUCCACCGUGGCGCAUGGCUGCCUGCAGCUAAACCGGCCCACGCACGUCAACAAUGGGAACUACACCCUGCUGGCCCGCAACCUGCUGGGCGCCGACGCCCGCACCGUCCCGGGACGCUUCAUGGACAACCCCUUCAGCUUCAACCCCGAGGAGCCGAUUGUUGUGUCCCUGCCUCCGGUGGGCAAGGGGAACAGCACGCUGGACGGGCCGGUGGAAACGUCAGAGGAGCAUACGUUUGGGGUCUCUGUGGCAGUGGCGCUGGCUGUCUUCGCCUGCCUCUUCCUCUCCAUCAUGCUGAUAGUGCUCAACAAAUGCGGACGGCAUUCCAAGUUCGGCAUUAACCGGGCGGCCGUGCUGGCCCAGGACGACGACCUGGCCAUGUCCUUGCACUUCAUGAACCUGAGCAGCAGCCCCCAGUCCUCAGCUGAGAGCAAGCUGGAGGGGCUGAAAACCAACGUCAUUGAGAACCCGCAGUACUUCUGCGACACUUGCGUCCAUCACAUCAAGCGGAGGGACAUCGUGCUGAAGUGGGAGCUGGGGGAAGGGGCCUUCGGGAAGGUCUUCCUGGCUGAGUGCUACAACCUCAUCCCCGGGCAGGAGAAGAUGCUUGUGGCCGUCAAGGCCCUGAAGGAAGCGACGGAGAGCGCCCGGCUGGAUUUCCAGCGGGAAGCAGAGCUGCUGACGGUGCUGCAGCAUGAGCACAUUGUCCGGUUCUAUGGGGUGUGCACAGACGGCGAACCCCUCAUCAUGGUCUUCGAAUACAUGAAACACGGAGACCUCAACCGCUUCCUCAGGUCCCAUGGGCCAGAUGCCAAGAUCCUGGAUAAUGGGAAUGGCCAGUCUUUCGGGCAGCUGACCCUGAGCCAGAUGUUGCAGAUCGCCACCCAGAUCGCCUCGGGUAUGGUCUACCUGGCCUCGCUCCACUUCGUCCACCGCGACUUGGCCACGCGCAACUGUCUGGUGGGCCGCAGCCUGGUGGUGAAGAUCGGGGACUUCGGCAUGUCCCGGGACAUCUACAGCACGGACUACUACCGGGUGGGCGGACGCACCAUGCUGCCCAUCCGCUGGAUGCCCCCGGAGAGCAUCCUCUACAGGAAGUUCACCGCUGAAAGCGACAUCUGGAGCUUUGGGGUGGUUCUCUGGGAGAUCUUCACCUAUGGGAAGCAGCCCUGGUACCAGCUGUCCAACACUGAGGCCAUCGAGUGCAUCACGCAGGGUCGGGAGCUGGAGCGGCCCCGAACCUGCCCCUCGGAGGUGUACGACAUAAUGCAGGGCUGCUGGCAGCGGGAACCCCAGCAGCGGCAGAACAUUAAGGAGAUUCACAGCCGGCUCCAGGCCCUGGUCAAGGCCCCUCCAGUCUACCUGGACGUCCUGGGCUAAGGACAGGGAUAGAGAGGGGGAAGGAAACCGGCUCUUCCUUCGGGACGACCCCACUGGGAUCCUCCUCCCACCUCCUCGCCUGCCCCUCGCCCCAUCGACGCCAUGGCCAGCGUCCCACCCCCAUCCUGGGGACAGAGGUGGUGGGACCACAGAGAGGUUCCCUGCCUCUGGCCUUGGCGGUGCUGUUCCCUCGGGCAAGGGCGUCAGGAUGGGACUGGGUUCCCAAAGACCCUGUCAACGUCACACGAAAAUUGCUCCCUUCGGCCUCCCUCCAGCUCCGGCUGGUGCCUCAGGCCGCUGCCUGUUGCCCCCCGAGAGCGGUUGUGGGAGGGCACGCAGGGCCCUCAAUUCAGCCUCAGCCUCCCCAGAAGCCUCCUCACCCGCCAAAGACAGACGGACAGAUGGAUGCUAAAGGGCCUGAUGGAGGACACCCUCCACCUCAGCGGGUGGGGGGCCCCUGCCCCGUGUCUCUUCC